AUGUCAACAUCGUCUUCUUCAAUGCCAAGUCUUCUUUCUGAUCCAGAAUUUGAAGAUUCGAGAGAUUCAAUUUCAUCAGAAUUAUCUGGUAAGAAUAUAACAAAAUAUCAGAACAGUCAGAUUUUUGAUCCAAUACAAAAAAAUGACUAUAAAAAUUCAAUCACGUCUCAUGGGGUCGAAGAUAUACUCUCUGAAGGAGUAAAUUAUACUGUGAAUGAAAAUGCAUUCACAGACUGCAAAGCAGAAAUAAUUUCAUCAAUACCUAACCCGUUUGUGCAAGACUACAAUUCAAGGGAUUCAACUAGUUUUAGCAUACAAGAUAUUCUUGGUUUACAUCAAACAUACAACCCUGCAAGCAAUCAAGAAGAUUUGGAACCGAGAUAUGAUUAUCAGAUACCGAACUAUGAAAACAUUAGCAAUAGUUCUAAUAAUAACAAUUAUGGAUCUGGCACUGAAGAAACCUUAGCUGAAGAUUGCAUCAAUAAAGGUGGCGAUAUUUUUAGUUCAUCUGUAACGCAACUUGGUAAUCCAGUUGAACACAAUAGAAACUAUGCAAUUAGUGAACCAGUCCAAUAUCAAGCAAGAAGCAGUUUUGACGGUGAUGUUACCAAAGAUCCUGGAAGAGUAAUUAACGAAAUAAAUGAAACUAGUUUUCCCAGUCAGAACAAUAUUUCAUGGAGUAACAAAGCAACGCUAAAUAACCCUAUAUCUACAACAAGGACGGCGUCAUCUCUUUCUGGUAACGAAAUGUCAUCAGAGCAGUCAUCCUAUCAGAAGGGAUUUACGAAAAGAGCAAGGACAGCUUACACUAGUUCACAGCUAGUAGAAUUAGAAAAUGAAUUUCACCAAAACCGUUAUCUAUGUCGACCAAGACGCAUUGAACUUGCUAAUUACUUACAGCUUUCUGAACGACAAAUUAAGAUAUGGUUUCAAAAUAGAAGGAUGAAAUAUAAAAAGGAUAAUAAGCACAAUAAGCCAUCCUCAUCAGUGGAAGAUAACAGUCCUUCUAGUUCCAAAGAGAUGUCUCCUAGUCAAGAACAUAAAAUGAGCCAUGGAAGAGGCUGCGGUGGACAUGAUAGACAUAGGCGUCUUUUGACUGACAAUCAUACUAAUCAUCACAAAGUUUUUAUGCCUACAAAUGAUUCGCUAUCAAGACCCCCUGAUUAUUCUUCGAUUAAUUCACUAAAAUCUGUGAUAAAAGGACCCCAGAAUACGCUUGAGCUUCCGUCUUAUACUCCAAACCUGUCUUAUUCCUCAUACUACACGCCAGGAACAAGUAGAGCCGCUUACUCACCGAUGUCGGAGGUUUAUCGAUACUCGGUCGAUGAAUCACUGCAGCCAAAUUCUAAUACUCUGUCCACACUGCAAACCGAUAGCUACGUGCCCAACGGAGUCAACUUGAAGUUAAGCGAUGAUUUGCCUCGAUACACUGCCACGCCUUCUUCAUAUUAUAAUCCAUUAACAACGGGAGUGGUGAUGCACCCUCCAACUUCCGAAGCUUAUGGAUUUGGCACGUCAUUAUCCUCGUUAUCCGCACCGACUUAUGAAGAAAGUAAUUUGCAUUCUAGAAACCCAACCUUAUCUUUGACUCAAGAUGCAUACUAUUCAUAUUUAACAACACCACCAGAGACCACUAAUCAACAGACUUCAUCUACAAGCAAGUAUUCUUCUUAUAUUUCUUUAUAA